AUGACUGAAGUGAACAGCAUGAGGCCGCAGUCGCGCGACAGCAAGAAUCCCAUCGAGGAGCCCGAGGUCAUCAAGUUCCAGGAUCUAGUCUCAGACGACGACCAGGAUGGCGUGCGCAUCGCCGAGGCCGUCGCCCUGUCCUGGAGCAAGACCUCCUUGGUUGCGGUGUAUUGCUGUAUGUGGCUGUUGUACUUUUGUAGAGCCAUGAUUGGGUCUCUCUCCGAAACUCUCACGCCCUUUGUCACCAGUGGUUUCCAGAGCCACUCGCUCAUGCCCGUCAUCAAUGUCAUGACAAGCAUCAUGUCUGCCGCGACGUAUAUGCCCAUUGCCAAGAUUCUCAACAUUUGGGACCGAACAUGGGGUUUUUCUGCCAUGAUGGUGCUGUCGACGCUGGGUCUGAUCCUCAUGGCCGCGAGCAAGAGCUUUGCCGUCUACGCCGCCGCAAACGUCUUUUAUAACAUCGGAUUCACCGGAAUGAUCUUUGCCGUCGACAUCAUGACGGCCGACUUUUCCUCGCUCAAGAUGCGUGCCUUUGCCUAUGCCCUGACCUCGUCGUCGUACAUCAUCACCGCCUUUGGAGGCCCCAAGGCCGCCGAGACCAUCUACGAGAGCAACUGGCGAUGGGGCUUCGGCGCCUGGACCAUUGUCCUUCCCGCCGUUUCUGCGCCCAUGAUCUACCUGCUGCAGCGCGGAAAGCGCCUGGCUAAAGAGAAUGGUCUGCUCACCCGUCAGCGCAGCAACCGCACCUGGAUGGACAGCUUCAAAUAUCAUUUUAUUGAAUUCGAUGUCAUUGGUGUUUUCUUGCUCAGUGCCGGCUUUGUCCUCUUCCUGCUGCCUUUCACCAUCGCUGCCGACUCCAAGGACCAGUGGCGCUCCGGCUACAUCAUUGCGAUGCUGGUGCUCGGAUUUGUUCUUAUUAUCGCGUUCGCUGUGUGGGAGCGCCUCGGUGCCAGUGUCCCUGUCGUUCCUUGGAAGCUUCUCAAGUCUCGCUGCGUCAUGGGAGCCUGCCUGAUUGCCGCCACCUAUCAGAUCUCUUACGCCUGCUGGAACAGCUACUUUACCUCGUACUUGCAGGUCGUCUAUGAUAUUUCCAAAUCCCGAGCUGGAUACAUCAACAAUAUUUUCAACGUCGUCAGCGGCAUUGAGCUGUUCCUUGUCGGUAUCCUGAUUCGCUGGUCCGGUCGCUACAAAUGGGUGUUCAUGUGGGGUAUUCCUCUCUACAUUCUCGGUGUCGGUCUUUUGAUCUAUUUCCGUCAGCCAAACCACAGCCUGGGAUACAUUAUCAUGUGCCAAAUAUUCAUGUCGCUUGGUGGUGGUGUCAUUAUCGGUGGACAGCAGGUCUCGGUUGUGGCGACAGUGUCUCACGACGAAGUUGCCUCCGCCAUGGCUGUUCUUUCGCUGAUUGCGACCAUCGGCGGCGCAAUCGGCAACAGCAUCUCUGGUGGCAUUUGGACAAAUACCCUACCAGGCAGGCUUCAGCAACUUCUCCCAGAUUCUGCCAAGGACCAGUGGCAGGCGAUUUAUGACGACCUUGAUGUCCAGUUGAGCUAUCCCGUCGGCACCCCAGAGCGUAAAGCCAUCAUGGAUGCCUACGCUGGCAGUCAAAAGCUGAUGCUUAUUGCGGGCACAUGCAUCAUGGGUCUUUCUCUAAUCUGGAUGAUGAUGCUCAAGAACGUCAAUCUCAAGAAGAUCGAUCAGGUCAAGGGCAUGGUACUGUAA